GGUUAGUGUGCAAUCAAUUUUACAAUGCAUUUUAAAUUCACAUUAUUCCUCACCGUAUUUGGCCUGACUUCUUUGGCCAAUGCGGUAGAAUUCGUUCAAAUCGGCAAUAAAAGUUACUACUUUGAAACCAAAGAGUAUAGGAAUUGGUACGACGCUGCCCAAUCUUGUCACCAGAUAAACGCUGAUCUCAUAUCCUUUGAAACCUACUUGGAGUGGCACUACAUCAAUUUCUAUCUUUGGACCAACAAUAUCGACGACAUUUAUUGGACCUCUGGAACAGACUUGGCUGAACAGGGCAAACAUCGGUGGUUCGAGACUGGAAAUCCCAUUGAUCUGGAAAUUUGGUAUCCGGGAGAACCUAAUAAUAUGGGGGGCGAUGAGCAUUGCGAUGAAAUUGGAUCGAAACGAUAGAUCGUAAAAAGCCAUGCAUUGAAUGACAAUAACUGCAAAAUUCCGAGGCGGUAUAUUUGCGAGGCACGCUCUGUAAACUCUGUUAAGGACAUGGACCUAGUCAAUUAAUUAAAUUAGGAAAUAAUUUAAUUACACUGUGUUAAAGUUAUCUGUUGUAUUUAAAAGGUGCUCUUAUAAAAACUCAGUUAUUUCAAACU